AUGAACCAGAACAUGAACCUGGUGCACACCUGGCUCUCCCAUGGGGCCAGUAUCUCUGCCAGGGCUAUAGGCCUUGCCUUCCAACACAGCCCCCAUAAUCUGAUCCACUAUGGUGAGCAUCAGGGGAACAUAGUACUGCACAUCUUCAUCCUGCAGCCCAACAAAACCUUCGCCUGCCAGAUGUAUGACCUGCUGCUGUCCUAUGAUGUAGGGGACCACUUUCAGUGCCUGGAACUUGUGCCCAACCACCAGAGCUUUACCCCCUUCAAGAUGGCCGAAAUGGAGGGCAUCACAGUGAUGUUCCAACACCUGGUGCAGAAGUCGAAGCAUAUCCAGAGGUCACCUGGGUUAUUGAAUUUCUAUGAUAUAACAAAACUAACUUCUGAGUUUGUGAUCUCCUCCAAAAAAACAAGAGGAUCACAAGAGUCUAAAACAGUGAAGGAGCUGGUAAAGGAGCUGGUGAGCUUGAAGUGGAAGAUGUACGGAUGGCCCUACUUCCGCAUCCUAUUUGGCUUAUACAUUUUCUACAUGACUGGAUUCACGAAGUACUACAUCUACUGCCAUGUCAAAUUCUGUGAUGGCAGCUGCACAAAUUCUAGAGGUAAUAUCAUUUUCCAGCAGUAA